UCAAAACUCUACUUAAAAUGUCUUUUGUCUACGAAUCUAAACAUCGUAAUGUAAGCAUUGUUUACGAUAAAGAUGCAGGAUUGUCUCUAGAUAUAGAAAAAACGUUUCAAAGUCCACAACAAAAACGUUCCACAAAUUCUUCUGGGAGGUCCAGUCCAGAUGGAAAUUAUUGUUGCUCUUGUUUGGAACUUGUUGGAGGCAAAUUAUAUACUUGUACUCGCUGCAAAUCUUCAUUCCAUUUUGUUUGCCACUUUCCUCCUUUGAUGGUGAAUAAUAAAAGGGUGGAUACUCGCAAUUGGAUUUGUAAUAGAUGUCAAAUGGAAAUUUCUCAAAAAUUUGAAUAUAUUGCACAUUUAAACAGUCAGGAUCCACAACAACGAGAAGAUUUCCACAACAAAAUUUUUAUUCGCUUUUUGAUCAAAAAUCGUUACAAAAACAAAACGUUGAGGGAUCUUGCAAAGGCCAUGCGUGCUUUAAAUUCCAGAGAAUUUUCGUUGGGAAGUCUUGGAGUGGAUGAUUGUUAUUAUAAACUACCUUUUGAUGAACUAUUUAAUUUAAAGAAUGAUCAAAAUUUGGCCAAAAAAUCGUGUUUUUAUUGUCGAAGGUUUUCUUUUAAAUUUAGUUGA